AUGGCUGUGCGGCGGCCGGCGCUGCUGGGAGCCUCCGGGGCCGGAGGCAGCGGCGGCGGCGGCGGCUCGGGGACGACCGGCACGGGUGCCGGGAGCAAAAAGUCUCCGCGGCUGCCCAAGUGCGCGCGAUGCAGGAACCACGGCUACGCGUCGCCGCUCAAGGGCCACAAGCGCUUCUGCAUGUGGCGGGACUGCCAGUGCAAGAAGUGCAACCUGACCUCCAGCGGAGAGUUGCGCUUACAUUCGGAGGGUGCCGGCCUGGGCUCCCCGUCUGGGCGAAACCGAGAGCUGCCCGCUGCUCCGGAUUUCCCGUCGGGCAGCUCUUUUUCUGGAAACUUCGUGGCCCUGAGAAGGCAGCAGGCCCAAGAGGAGGAACUGGGCAUCAGCCACCCCAUCCCGCUGCCCACUGCGACCGAGCUGCUGGUCAAGAGAGAGAACAACGGCGGCAACGCGUGCCUGAUGGCCGAGAGCGGCAGCUCCGCGCCCCCCCCUCCAGCGUCCCUCCCCAGCCCAGAUUGCGCCUCGGACGGGCGGAUGGUCAUGCAGGAUUUUCCUGCUGUCACCAGCAGAGGGCACGUGGAGAACGCACCUGACCUGGUUUCAGACUCCGCCUACUACAGCAGCUUUUAUCAGCCGUCUCUGUUUCCGUACUACAACAACCUGUACAACUAUCCGCAGUACCCCAUGGCCUUGACUGCUGAAUCUCCUUCCGGGGACAUGGGAAACCCUCUUGGGGGAUCCCCGGUGAAGAACAGCCUUCGCAGCCUCCCAGCACCUUAUAUGCCUGGUCAGGCAGGAAACCAGUGGCAGCCGAUGAAAACCUCAGAGAACCGCCACCCUGUGGGUUCCCAGUACAGGAUGCAUUCGUACUACCCACCUCCCUCCUACCUGGGCCAGAGCAUGUCCCAGAUCUUCACUUUUGAGGAUGGCCCUCCCUACCCGGAAACCAAAGCGAGCGUAUUCUCGCCCCCCAGCAGUCAAGAUUCGGGCUUGGUCUCCCUCUCCAGCAGCUCUUCCAUUAGCAACGAGAGCACAAAGGGAGUGCUUGAAUGUGAGCCCGCCUCCGAGCCCAGCAGCUUUGCGGUCACUCCCGUCAUCGAGGACGACGACGAGUGAGCGGUGCCUUUGGUGGUUCACUUGGAAUAGCAGGCUUAU